AUGAGAUUAGGUGACUUGGCCAAGACUGCACCGCUCGGGGCUGAUGGACGGGAACAUGCCCCCACCGCCCCCGGUUCCCCUGCCCCGGGGUCCCCCUCCGCCCAGGCUCCCCCGGCCCCAGGUCUUCCUCCGCCCCCGGCCCCCCUGUCCCCCGUCCCCCACUGCCGGCCCCCUGGCCCUAGCCCGGCUGGAGCGCACUCACCGCGCGGCUUCUCGCGGACGGCGGACGGCAGCGGAGGAGACGCUCGCUGGGCGGCGCGGGCGGCGCUGCCGGGCGGGCGAGCGCCCCUGGGCUCCGGGGCGGCGCUGGGGACCCCGGCCCUUUGUUUGCCGCGGGCGUUUCCUCCGUCUUGCGGCGUCGCGGGCGCCGGCUCCGGGACUCCCGCCGGGUCCCGAGCGCGCGGCGGCCCGGCCGGGGAGGUGCGGGGGAGCGCGGCGGAGGUGCGGCCACUUACCGGGUCCGGAGGAGUGGGAGGCGCACCGAGGACGGGGGUUGCGGAGGGGGGCGUCUCUCCGCGGCCCCCGCGGCCCCUCUGCCACCAAGUGAGCCUGCCGAUGGCAGGAAGAAUGGGGAAGGCCGGGUCUUUGUCCCGCUGGGGAGGGGAGGGGAAGGACCAGUCGCCCACACUCCAGGCCGAGGGCUCCUCGGACGUUCUGUGGCCCCCUCCGGGCCAGGAAGACCUAGCAGAGGAGGAGAAAGCGCCUCCCACACCAGAGCCCAGGCCCCCGGGCCCGGCCUGGGGGGGUCAGAGGCGGAGAGCUCACGGCGGCCGGGAUGGAAACGUCCUCCGCGUGCAGCCCGGGCGCAAGGUACUGAAACCCCCUUCAGGCGGGAGAAGUUCACUGUCUGCUGCUCACAAGCACGGAGACCCCAGACCGGUUGGAACCAGAAGGUUGUUGAUGCCGACUCCCGAUGACCUCACCACCAGCCAAUCAGAAGAGUGUCCACGAGCUGACCACGCCCUCUUUGAACCAUUUCUAUGAAACUCCUCAGGACCCCCUCCAGGGUGGGACACACAGUCUUGAGGGCAUUAGCCCACUGUGGCCCCUUUUGCCUGGCAAAGCAAUAAAGCU